GCUGCUCCUUGAAAGGAAGUGGGACUGACCCAUGGUGGGGUCACUACGAUUACUCCAACUCUUCCAACUCUUCUGCACUGAGAGGGCCAGCAGUCGUUUCUGUUCUGAAGGAGACAGCGCCACCGAUCUUCAUCAUCAGGACAGUAUGGUCUGGGAAUGCACUUGGCAGCUUCUGCUGAUACUCUUCAUUGUGGCAUCGCCUCGAGAGCUCCUCGCAGACGACUGUGUGUCGCCCUCUGCAAGCAGUGUUAGCCUCUCUGCGAGCAGCUUCCGCAACCUUACGGGUCACUGGAUAACCAAGGCGGCUCUCAUCCGCAAAAGUAGAAGAGACGUCAGUGAUCUGCUGGCUGAGGAAAGGCCGUUGCAUUACGACAUCGACGUUACCCGUCAAGGUUGUGGUGACGACGAAACCCUGACGACGUUUUUCAGUGUUGUAGCACCCCCUCCCCGUGUUGGUGCCGACUACAAAUUCUUUCGAAAUGUUGGAUACUAUAAGCUGCACACUGAGAAAAUGAACUGGGAAAAUGCUCGGAGAACAUGCGCAAAGGAAGGUGCGCACCUCGCCAUUGUGAACUCUGAGGCGGAAGAAAAUGCUAUACGCGAAGUAAUGAGAGCUCACUCGUCAGAUAACUUCGCUGCUUUCAUCGGUUUCCACGAUAUCUUCAAGGAAGGGGAAUACGUCACUGUCUUGGGUGAACCUCUGAAAUCGAGUGGCCGCGUAAGGUGGGCAAAGGGGGAGCCCAAUAACGGGAUGUUCCCCGGUUCUCCAGAAGGCGAGGACUGCGGGAAUAUUUACGCGGACGGAACCAUCAACGACUGCAGGUGCACCCUGGAGAUGCCAUUUGUGUGCGAACAGAGUCUCUAAUGCUUUUCGGGGCUGACUCUUUUGUAUCCUACAGUUAGCUGUGAAUUGCUGAAACUUCAACACCUGCGCUUGGUUGCAAAUUAUGGAAGAAACAAACUGCGCAUCAGCUUCUUCUGCCAAUAGGAAGAUGUUACAAAGCAAAACAUAAAAUAAAAAUCAUUUCUUCUUCUGUUAGCGCUGAUUAUUCGUACAAGGAGCCAAUGAGAAUGUUCCUAAGAGUUGCAUUUAUUAGACUGCCAUUUGUAUCAAAAUUUUUCACGUUUAAAUUAACGCUAGAGUGUAUUUACCUUCCGUGCGAAAUGAAAAUUGUUAUUGCCGUGUUUAUUCUUUAAACUUAAGAACGUCGAAUCACAGGCAAAUUUAUAUUUUUAAAACGGUCAGUUCUGAGGGAGUGCUUGCAGCAACUAGUUUUUGUUCAUAUUCAUUCUACUGACCAGUACAAUCAACCCUUUAAGCGACCAUACAGGAAAGCUUUCGCACGAACUCUAGGUUUCGUUCAUUGGCAACGAUUAAGCAUGUCCAUUUCAAGAAACACACGCAAUUUGAAAGAUGUGAGCAGACACCGGUUUUGAGACGAUUUAUUGCAGUAUUCAAAUAGUAAAGUGGAAGGCCACUAUUUGAUCAUGCCCUUUGCGGAACACUUCAAGAAAAAAGAUGUAUGGGAAAGGAAAAAAUGUAAACUUUGGCGGGCGAUGGAUGAAUGAGCGACGCUGCACUGCAAUUUCGGAAUCUCUGUCUGACCCUGAUGUAAAGUUACUAAAAUCAUGCUUGUCAUGCACAGACGAACUGCGAGAGAAUUCCGGAUCGGUGCUCCUUACAUAGUCUCUCAGUAUUUGUCGCUUGCAAUUCGAACAAAGCUGUAGCCAUCACCCUUGCCCAUUGUUGCGCACUUCAUCUCUCGUACUUGAAUCCGUGGGAGACGUCUUAGCGUGUGAGUGAGUGAGCAUCGCUUUCGAAGAGAAGCGAGGACUCCGCCUAUUGUUGUCAACCACAAACAGCGGUUGCGUCACCACAGAAACAGUUAUUUACUCGAUACAGAUGGAUAAUAAGCCGUGAUGACUCAAAUUUUUAGGAAGAUGGCCACCAAGAGCGUUGUAUUAGUGUUGGAUCUGUCCGUGGACUUCGGUUUCUUCGCAAUGUACAGGUGAGCAGAAGUGAAGGCCUCCAAUACGAAACUGCACUUAUUGAGGGUGACCACUACUGGAAAGUGAUAAUUCAUAUCACAUUUCUGAAGUGAAAUAGUUGCUCUUAUGGAAUUUAACAACGGUUUUACUGAUACCGGUCAUUAUUAAUAUUAUUUUCCAUAUUUCUGCUAUGAUUCCGUCUUCCCCGAGAGACUUGUUGUUCUUCAAAGAGUUGAUUAUUUCCUUUACUUCUUUAACAGAUGGUGUUUCUGAAUCAGAACUGGAUGGGGGUUUCUAAAUAUCUAAUGUUCUAUCUGAGGCUCUCAGCUGAGAAGUGAGUGAACAUACUUAGCUAAAAUUUGGCAGUUAUUUCUCGUGUUGGUUUUCAGUGAUCUGUCAGGACGGCGAAAGCACAGAUUAGGUGGUUGUUACCAGUCAUUAUUUAUUCCCACAACGUGUUGAAACCUCCAUCACCAGAUGAAUUUAUGUGGCCUGAUAUGACUUUUAUGUGUAGUUUUACGACUCUGGAGUACCGUGUGUCACUGUGCAACAGAGAAAAACGAGCAGUGUUUCUGAACGUUGCUCAAAGUUUUGUGAUUGUCUUUGACUGAAAGGAUGAACAAAACAUAAAUGUUAAAGUAAAAUAAAAAUACAUCCAGUGCUAA